AUGGCUCCCCCAAAACCUCCUAACCCUUCCUCUAAAGAAAUUUUAGAAGAAGCUUUGCAAAUGUCUACCUUACACCUUAAUACUGCAAUGGCUGAAACUCAAGAACAAAUGGAUGUAAGAUUUGCUCAAGUCCAUGAAGAUAUAGCACAGCAAGUGGGAAAAAUUCAUACCAUGUUAGCAAAUGAAAGAAAUGUAGAAGAUGAUAGGUAUGAAGCUCUCAUGGCAGCUAUUAGAAAAGUCACUAUCCAACAAGGUAAACAGCCUGCUACUGUUGCAACAGCUGCACAAUCUGGUGGCAGCCACUCAGGUACUACACAAUUACCUUCCUCUUUGUCUUUUUCGUCACCUAGCCAUACCCAGCAUAUUACACCUACCCAUUCCACCAUACCCCCUAUACCCACCCCAAACCAAGCCCUUUUUCGUUCAGCUAGUGUUAAUGUCACUCCCACACCCCAGCCCACUAUUUCUACGUUUCACAAUACAGCCAUCCCAACUCCACUACCUUUUCAUAACACUGCCGUACCGAAUUUUCCGCCAUUCACCCAAGGCAUGCCCCAUUCUGCCUUUACCCCUGUUCCAAUGUUACACCCCCCCUACAUGCCCAGCCAUAACCCAUAUCAACAAUUUAACCAUAUCCCACCCUUACCCCCUUUUCGUUCUCCUAAACUUGAACUUCCCUUGUUUGAUGGUUCCAAUCCCUUGGAAUGGCUAUUUCAAGCGGAUCAGUUUUUUAGUUUUUACAAUCUUCCACCGGAAAACCGAUUAUCACUUAUUUCUUUUUAUAUGAAAGGAGAUGCUUUGGGUUGGUUUAAAUGGAUGCAUAGCAAUUUUUUGUUGACUGAUUGGGCCUCUUUCACAAGAGCGUUAGAAUUACGAUUUGGGCCCUCAACUUUUGAAAAUCAUCAAGCUGAAUUAUUUAAGUUGAAACAGAUUGGGUCUGUUAUGGAAUAUCAAACCAAAUUUGAGCAAUUAGGUAAUAAGGUGGUGGGCUUACCAGCAGAUGCAUUGCUUAAUUGUUUUAUUUCAGGGCUGCAACAAGAUAUUCAAAAUGAAUUGGCCAUACACAAACCUACCUCUAUUUCUAAUGCUAUUGGUCUUGCAAAGUUAAUUGAAUCCAAAAUAAAAGAUUCCAAACAGAAAUUCACUAAACCUUUCUCCACAUCCUUCCAAAAACCAAUUGCUGCCAACAUAGGUACUCCCACGCCCAAAAACCAAUUUCCCACGGCCCAACCCACUCCUACCUUUCAAAAAAGCCUCAACCCACAACAACCCAAAUUUCCCAUUCGCAAACUGACCCAAGCCCAAUUACAAGAGAGGAGAGCUCAAGGUCUUUGUUUCAAUUGUGAUGAAAAGUUCAUUACCGGCCAUAAAUGCACCACAAACAGAUUUUUUCUUUUGCUGGCUGAAGACGAAGGUUUGGAAUCCGAGGAAAGUAAUCCUAGCGAUAGCAUUUCUCAUGAACAGGAUUUAAAUGACACAUAUUUUCAGCUAUCAACUCAAGCUCUCACCGGGCAGUUCUCACCCCAAACUUUGAAAUUCCAAGGAUUCAUACAGGGCUUACCGGUUAUGGUACUUAUAGACACGGGUAGCACUCAUAACAUUAUGCAACCUAGGAUCGCUCACCACCUCAAUCUUACCACUACUCCUAUCAACCAAUUUUCCGUAAUGGUUGGUAAUGGUUCUCACCUCCAAUGCGAAGGUAUUUGCCCAGAUGUCCAAAUUUCACUACAAAAAAAACUAUUCACUCUACCUUUUUACUUACUCCCAAUAGAAGGUGCAGAUAUAGUUUUAGGAAUGGCUUGGCUAAGAACCCUUGGACUCAUUCAGGCAGAUUUCUCUAUUCCUUCUAUUACUUUUCAGCACCAAAACACACCCCUAACCCUCACCGGCGACCCUAAAUCUCUUCCCACAACAACCACUUUCCAUCAAUUGCGCCACCUUAUUCAUACAGAUGCUGUGGCUUCUUUUCAUUUACUUUUAAUGGAACCUAUUUCCAAUUCUGCUCAAACAUUACCUAAUCUGAUUACUUCAGCUGAUGUAGCUCAAUCUCCCUUACCCACACCACUCACCAAGCUCUUAACCAAAUUUCAAAAUAUCUUUCAACAACCCAAAGGCCUUCCCCCAAAAAGACCACAUGAUCACCACAUUACCCUCUUGCCUAACACAGCACCUAUCAAUGUUAAACCUUAUCGCUACCCCCAUUCAAAAAAAGACGCUAUGACUACCAUGAUACAAGAGAUGCUGCAGGAAGGCACUAUUAUUCCUAGCACUAGCCCUUUCUCCUCACCCGUGUUACUUGUAAAAAAAAAAGACGGGACUUGGCGUUUUUGCGUUGAUUACAGAGCACUCAAUGCAGUUACAGUAAAAGAUAGAUUUCCCAUACCCACUAUUGAUGAACUACUUGAUGAACUAGGAUCUGCUAAAAUUUUUUCCAAGAUAGAUUUGUGUUCAGGAUACCAUCAGAUCAGAGUUGCAUCUAGGGACACGCAUAAAACAGCUUUUCGGACUUUUGAUGGGCAUUACGAAUUUCUUGUAAUGCCAUUUGGCCUCACUAAUGGGCCCUCAACCUUCCAGUCUGCGAUGAAUGAUCUCUUAAGACCCUACUUAAGAAAAUUUGUCUUAGUUUUUUUUGAUGAUAUUUUAAUUUACAGCUCAAAUUUUGAUGAGCAUCUCACACAUUUGCAGGUCAUUUUUGAGUUAUUAUCACAACAAGCAUUUUUUGUCAAGUUAUCUAAGUGUGUUUUUGCAGCUACUCAGAUUGAUUACCUAGGACAUAUUAUUUCAGCAGCAGGAGUUGCACCUGAUUCAGAAAAGGUGAAAGCCAUUUUAGAUUGGCCAACACCUCGAUCUCUCUCGACACUCCGUGGUUUCUUAGGUCUCACCGGAUUUUAUCGCCGUUUUGUUAAAGAUUACGCCACACUCGCCGCUCCUCUCACCGAUUUGUUGCGUUCCACUACUUUUACAUGGAGUACAGAGGCAACCAGGGCCUUUACAGAGUUAAAACAUAAAAUGACCGACAUGCCGGUCUUAGCUCUACCAGACUUUACAAAAGAAUUUACAAUAGAAACUGAUGCUUCUGGAGUCGCCAUCGGAGCAGUUUUAUCACAAGAAGGUCAUCCCAUCGCCUUUUUCAGCAAGAAAUUAUGCCCCAGAAUGCAAGCAUCAUCUGUGUACGUCCGGGAAAUGCUGGCAAUCACUGAAGCUGUCAAGAAAUGGCGUCAGUAUUUGAUAGGUCAAAAAUUUCACAUCUAUACUGACCAGAAGAGCCUAAGAAACUUGCUACUACAGCGCAUACAGACACCAGAACAACAGAGAUGGACUGCAAAGUUACAAGGAUUUGAUUUUGAGAUUUCAUACAAACCUGGCAAGUCAAAUCUUGUGGCUGAUGCUUUAAGCAGAAAGUUUGAGCCUGAAAAAUCAACACUUUUGAUAUUUUCUUCUCCUCUACCAGAUGUGCUCAACACCUUGAAACAGUUUUACCAGCAUGACAGUGUGGGUCAGAAUCUACUCGAGUUAGCCAAACACCAAAGUACCAAUACAGACUACAGAGUGUCCCAAGGUUUACUUUAUUACAAAGACAGAUUGUUCAUACCUGCUAUAGCAGAUCUGCGUCAGAACAUUCUUCUCGAGCACCAUCAAACACCUACAGCAGGCCAUUCUGGUGUCAAGGCAACAUUGGCAAGAUUGCGUGCUUCUUUUUGUUGGCCAGGAGUGCACCUCGAAGUAAAAAAUAUGGUUAGGCAUUGUCUCACAUGUCAACAUAACAAAUAUGAUACUCAGAAAAAGAAAGGAUUACUGCAACCUCUACCUAUUCCUAAACAAGUAUGGGAAGAGAUUACAAUGGACUUCAUCACACACUUACCAAGUUCAAGUGGCCACACUGCAAUAUGGGUUAUCUGCGAUCGGCUAUCCAAAUUUGUUCACUUCAUCCCUUUACCAACUCAUUUUACAGCAAAGGAUCUGGCCAACCGUUUCACAGUCGAAAUAUUUCGUCUCCAUGGCAGCCCCAAAACCAUUGUAUCAGAUCGGGACCCUAUAUUUUUAAGCAAGUUCUGGAAAGAGUUCUUCAAAAAUCACGGCACAAUCCUGCAAUACAGCACAUCAUAUCAUCCAGAGACCGACGGCCAGACAGAAGUGGUAAAUCGAUCGUUAGAAACUUACUUACGCUGUUUUGCUGGAGAUCAUCCGAAAACAUGGCACAAGUUUCUACAUCUAGCAGAAUACUGGUAUAAUACGUCCUUUCACUCAGCGAUCCAGAUGACUCCGUUUAAGGCUCUUUACGGUCGUGACCCACCAAAUCUCAUGGACUAUGUCCAACACUCCUCUUCUGAAGUAGAUCUGGAAUCAGCGCUACAACAACAGCAAGAAGUCUUGGCUAAGUUAAAACAGCACUUAAGAAAAAGCAGAAUCACCAUGGAGAAACAAGCUAAUGUGAAACGCAAACACGUUACCUUUAGGGAAGGUGACUGGGUCUUACUAAAGUUACAACCGUAUCGUCAAACGACCGUACACCGACGUGUAUCUCAGAAGCUAGCUCAACGGUAUUUCGGCCCCUUCCGUAUCAUCAAGCGCACUGGUAUCGUCAACUAUCUGCUGGAUCUACCUUCUUCGUCACGAAUCCACCCCAUUGUUCAUGUGUCGCUGUUAAAGGCUUAUUAUGGAACCCAACCUCAGAAAGACUGUCAUCAGUUUCCUUUACCCGACCUUGUUGUGUUUGAGGAUAACCCACACGAUACCUGUCAACCACAAACAGAGUCAGACGUUAGCAUUCAAACAUCAAGCAAACCGGAUUCCAAGAAGAAGGAGGUUUUACCUGUGUUGUCUUCCCCGCAAAGAGUGCAUGCAAGUGAUAAAGAGAAGGGUGUCGACAUGGUCAGCGUGCAGAGCGAUUUGGAAACACACCAUCAAAAGAAAAGGAGCUGCUCAAAUGUAGAUCAGAGAAGAGUGGAGGAAGUGAAACAAAAACAAGAGUACAAAAGUGUUAAGAAAGGUGAAGAGUGCAACGAGUUGCUAGAUCCACCGAAUGUGACAAACAGAAAUGACUCGGUGGAGUCUUCUUUUAUUGACUAUGCAUUUAAUCCUAAUGGUACUUUUCCUUGGAAACAUGAACACGCUUUCCCACAGCCAGCUACUUCCUCUGCCCGAGGCGAUAAUGUAAUCCCUCUCCACCAAUCAGAAUCCAAGGCUCAGAUUCGCCCUUAUCUUCCAACGGGCACUUUUUCUCCAAAGCACGUGGGUGUGUCCCCACCACCAGUUGUGUGUGAUAGCUUGCCAAUUUGUCCUCUACCGCCAAGUGACAGCUUAGUAAUUACUAAUGGGCCUUCUUUACCCUUGAACCUUGAGGACAAGGUUCCUAAUGGGCCUGGGAGUAAUGUUAGGAAAAAGGCCAGCAGAAUUAUAAGAAGGCCCAAUUGGCUCAAAGAGUUCGUGUGA